AUGGAUCGACAAAAAUUAGAGGCAAAUCGCAUCUAUUUCUUCGAGGAUGUUGGCCGAUUUGAUUGCCUACACACUCAUGCUGAUGCGCUCCGAAGCGUCUUGCUUGAUUUUGAUUGUACUAUAUCCGAUCGGUUAGGCUUUUAUGAAGUUGAAGAUUUCGAAGAUCGCACGAGACUCCACUCUCUGCUCGCUGAACCCCACGCCGAGGAGCCCGAACGGAAGCGAAUUAUAGACGCUAUUCAUGACUACAACUGGCGAACAAGGAGGGCAUUAGCACUCCGUCAUGGCUGGGAUAGAGAGGCAGAGUGGGAGGCCUUCUUUGAUGACACUUUCUUUGCUAGAUUGCUUGGUGAUAUGCAGAUCACUGACGAGGACAGACGGAGCGCCAAGAAGCGCCAUUGGACACUCUUCAGUGCAUCGGGCGAGUUCCGCCGUGAACAUGGCCAACAGGGACUAACGGAGCCUCACCCGGACUGGGUCGCAUACUUUCACAUAUAUGACUUUCCACCGACUAGUGGAAGGCCCUCGAACAAAACCGCCGGGUGGCGUUGGGACAAUUGGCCUAGAGAGAGGAAUGUCGAGAAUUUCUCACGCGCCACGCUCCAGAAACUAGCCAGUAAUGGGCUUCGAUCAAGCGUCACUGACACAUUUCGAGAUAAGAGACGUGAUGCCAUUGUCGCAUCUGAUUGCAUAUGCUAUCCGUGGUUCGUUGUGGAACAUCAGAAGCAGGGCUUUGGGAAGGCUAUGGAAUGCUACUGUCAAGCAGCAAAUGCCGCAGUAGCUGUGCUGAUGAUGUUUCGAAAUCUUGUGAAGUAUUCGACUCACAAAGAAGUACAACCAGCCACUGUGAUGACGACGGUCAGAUCAGAAGUCCGUAUCUGGACUGCGUUCUAUGAUGAUAGCGAAGACAAAUAUAGUAUGGUCUGCAUUUGGGUCGGAGAUAUGACUAAGAUUAUACAUCUGAUCGAACUAGAGGCCAUCUUGGAGAACCUGCAUACCUGGGCUAUGCGCGUACUGCAGCCCUGGAUCUCCCAGCAUAUCGACUCGUGGAGACUAUGCAGCCAGCUGAAAUCCUCGGCAUUACCUGACGACGUUGAGAUCCGAGAGCUUGGUGGAGUAAUCCUCGCAAAUUCACAGGCUGAUGAUACCGUUGCGGAGGAAAACGCUAAAGCUGGUGACAAAGCUCAUGAAGAUAGCACCGACAACAUGGCAUCUCUCCUCAUGGCUCAAAACAAAACUCUGCUCGACCAAAUUGAGGCACUCGUGGGAAAGAUGUCGCAUUCUGCAGCAAAAGUUCAAGUACGAUCAGUCGCGACACAAACAGAUUUCUCCGUCGAUAUGGCUAAGGCAGUGCCUAUCGAAGAAGCGCGAGCCAAUCCGGACCAGCAGCAUGUUCAGGAAAUCCAGAACCCGACAAGUACUAAUGCGGGUUCCGAUGUUGGCUAA